GCAUGCGCACGGGCCCCAAGGGUAGUGCUGGCGGAUGUUGUGGACUUGGUCCUGGGGCCGGCCCGGGCUAUUGGCUCAAGGCGACUGCCGAUGCUCACUGUCCCUUUCUGUCUGUUUGUGGGACCGUUUGCUCUGUGGUUGACACUCCUUUUGUCCAGGUGUCGCUCGCAUGGCGUUCCAAACCAUGAAUUAUGUGGGGCAGUUGGCUGAGCAGGUGUUCGUUACAGUGAAGGAGCUUUACAAAGGACUGAAUCCAGCUACCUUGACAGGAUGUAUUGAUGUCAUAGUGGUCAGGCAGCCGGAUGGCUCAUUACAUUGUUCACCCUUUCAUGUUCGUUUUGGCAAGCUUGGUGUUUUGCGAUCAAAAGAAAAGGUGGUUGACAUUGAAAUCAAUGGAGAAUCAGUCGAGCUGCAGAUGAAACUUGGUCACAAUGGUGAGGCCUUUUUUGUGGAAGAAACAGAGAAAAAUGAGGGUAUUGUUCCCACACACUUAACAACGUCUCCGAUUCCUGUUGAAGGAGCUUACUUUACAAAAGAAUCAGAUUUAUCUGAGAAUCAGAACUUGCCCAGUUCAUUUACUGGACCAGAAAUAGAUAACACAGUAAAUAAUACUUCAGCCAAAAAGAAAAGGCGUCGCAGAAGGAAGCAUAAACCAGAGAACUCAAAGAAAGAUGAUCAGGAGUCCUCUUCAGAUGAGCAAGAUGUACCCGAGAUGGAUGUUAGUUCAGAAGAACAGCUACGAUGUGCAGCUGCAAGUGAAGUGUGCCAGUUCUUUUCUGAAUUACCUGAUGAAGAUUCAAACACAUUCCAUUCACGGGAAAUUUAUCCCUAUUCCGAUGGCGAAUUGUCUUCUCUUGAGAGUUGUUCCUAUGAUCGAAUUUCUUCACCAAAAAGUGACUCUGAAUUGGUUGUAAAGCCACAUGAAGGAUCUUUUUUAGGAACAGAGUCUCGGAUGCAGUGGGCAUGGGGAGGUUUUCCACAGGUGAGUAAAAUGGAAAAGACUGAACAACCAAGAGUGGCCACCAUUACACCUUCUGAGCAUACACAUUUCAGAGUCAUCAUGGACAACAGUGCAGCGGAAGCAACAACUUCUGAUUCGUCUGAUAUCAACAACACCAUAACUGUUUUCAAGCCACAGCCUCGGACCCAAAGAAGUCCUUUGCUCGAAAGAUCAGUGGAACAAACAGUUCUAUCCACUGCGGGGGCAACUUUUUUAGGAGAUGACUUAUGGCCAUUGGACCAAACAGAAGCUGUGACAGAGACUUCUGUAAUGAACUCUACGGACCAAAGAUCACUUUCAGAAGCUGAAAUCUGUACACCUGAAGAGAAGGGUGAUGUCUUUCAAUCAACUCUGCAGCCAGAAGCUGAAAGCCCAUCUUUGGAAAGCAGUAACAAUCUUUUGCAGCAGAUGGUGUGCUCUGAUGGUGCUGCAAAAACAGAUGAAAUGGAUAAAAAGAAAGGUGGAUCUAAAAGAAGCCAACAUCUGGGUCCUUGUGAUAUCUACUUGGAUGACCUCCAAAAGCUGGAUCCUAAUAUUGCAGCUCUCUAUUUCCCGAAAAGUGAACAGGACUCGGGUUCGAAACUGUUGAAUGAACCCGGUACACAUUCAGAGUCCCAGUCUCCUCAGUCGGUAGGAAGUGCAGCUGCAGAUAGUGGUACGGAAUAUCUCUCUGAUUCGGCUAGUGAGCUACCUGAUGUAAAUCUCUCUCUCUGUGGUGGUCUCAGUGAUAACAAUGAGAUAUCCCAAGGGAAAUUUGUCCAAUAUAUGGUCACGUACCAGGAUUUGGUGGAAAAUCCUGGAAUAAUCGAUGAUCCAAACCUGGUUAUUAGAAUCAAUAAAAAGUAUUACAACUGGGCUGUUGCUGCUCCUAUGAUUCUCUGCAUUCAAGCCUUUCAGAAAAGUUUACCCAAGGCUACUGUUGAUAAAUUGGUAAAAGAAAAGAUGCCAAAAAAGACUGGUGGUUGGUGGUUCUCCUGGCGUAGAAAAAACGCUGCAGUAAAAGAGCCAGAAUCUACUCUCAAAAAGGGUGAUGAUCAGAGUCAAACAGGAGAAGUUAAACAAUCUGGCUUACUGGAAAAUUGCAGGCGUAAGGAAGAACUAACAUCUAGUGAUGAUGACUUCAGUACUAUUAAUGACCGUCCAAAACCAAUUUCUAAGUGUCGCGAUUCCCCUUGUCAAAGUGGUGCAGCGACAUACAAAAAAUCACUAAGAUUGUCCACUGAAAAACUGCGCAGCCUAAAUCUGAAGGAAGGUCCAAAUAAUGCUGUGUUCAGUGUGACAACUCAGUAUCAGGGAACCUGUCGAUGUGAAGGUACCAUUUACCUCUGGAACUGGGAUGAUAAGGUUAUAAUAUCUGAUAUCGAUGGGACAAUAACAAAAUCAGAUGCUUUGGGUCAUAUUUUGCCACAACUGGGAAAGGAUUGGACUCACCAGGGGAUUGCCAAACUGUACCAUAAAAUACACCAGAAUGGUUACAAAUUUCUUUACUGCUCUGCCCGUGCAAUAGGAAUGGCAGAUAUAACCAGAGGAUACUUGCACUGGGUUAACGACAGAGGUACUGUACUUCCCAGAGGACCUCUCCUGCUGGCGCCUAGUAGUUUAAUUUCAGCAUUGCACAGGGAAGUAAUUGAGAAGAAACCAGAACUGUUCAAAAUUCAAUGCUUGAAUGACAUCAGGAAUCUAUUUAAUCCGCAUAGAUCUCCAUUUUAUGCUGCUUUUGGAAACAGGACUAAUGAUGCAUAUGCCUAUAAAGAGGUCAAUGUGCAAGAAAGCAGAAUUUUCAUUGUAAAUCCCAAAGGAGAGCUAAUUCAGGAACAAACGAAGAGCAACAAAUCAUCGUAUUCACGGUUGGGUGAAUUAGUAGAACAUGUAUUCCCGCUAAUAGCACAAGAAAGAAGCUCAGCUUUUCAUUACCCUGAAUACAGUCAUUUUGCAUAUUGGCGCGAACCACUUCUAGAACUUGAUGCAGAUGAGCUCAAUGAAUUUAAAACCUCGAAAGAUUAAUAAAAAGGCUUUUCAAGAACUUUGAUUUGUAAGCAUAUUAGUACCUUUGAUUAUAUUAGAGCACAUUGUGAUCUGUAACUUCUGAUUUGAAGUCCAAUGAUCUGUAAGUUGAUUCGCACUUAAAAUGCAAUUUAUAAGUAUUUAAUCUAAGUGAAUUCAAGUGAAGUUCCAAUAAACACCACUUGUGACAAUGCUGACAUUACUGUUUCCCCACCUAGUAGUUUGCACAUUGACGGUUUAAUUAAAUUUACUAUACAGCUGAAGCUAUAAAAUAGCCAGUUUAAAAAAACUACCUGCUGGUGCCUGUGAUUGGGUCAGUAGUAAAUGCUAGUUGAUAAAAGAUUCGCAAUUGACUUCAAAGGACACUUUCCUUGUAGUAUAGCACUUUGAACUCUGGAGAAUAGUUUUGGUACACUCUUUACAGGGUAAAGGAGGCAGAACUAUUUUUAUUUACCUCUUCAACAUGGUAGAAAGUAAACGUGGUUUUUCAAGUAUCCGACACUUAAAUUGUCAGCCUGUAUCGGUGCAAUAGAGACUCCCUGUGAGAAAGUGCACUCAGAAUACACUUGUGGGUUAGAGUGAGGGGGGGGUUCAUUAAAACAAACAAAUAUAAUGAGGGCAAAAAUGCUCAAAAAGCUGUAAUUACGUGGUUGAAUGGAACCAAAUGUGGAGCAAGGUGCAGCAACUAACUGAAGGUCUUAUCUAAAGUAGAAUGAGGACAGGUAUUUUAGAGGCCUGGCCAUGAUGAGAUUAAAUUAGCAAAUUAAACAUCGCGUAUGCAGUUGGAUGUCGCACAGUAGUGUUUUGGUAUCUGAAGGUAUUUCCCAGCUGCUGAAGUGUGACACAAAGCAAAUGGUAAGAACUCCAAACAGUUCAACAUAAACAAGAGAAAAUCUGCAGGGGCUGGAAAUCCAAGCAACACACACAAAAUGCUGGAGGAACUCAGCAGGCUAGGCAGCAUCUAUGGUAAAAAAGUACGGUCGACGUUUCAGGCUGAAAGCUUCGGCAUAGAUGCUACCGGGCUGCUGAGUUCUCUAGCAUUUUGUGUGUGUUGUUUUGUUCAACACAAAAGAAGCUUUAUCCUGCUUAAAUUUUUAACCUUCCUAGGGUCAUAAGAAUUUGCCUCCUCUGAUGUAACUCUUAGCCAAGGCAUUGGAAUAAUUGCAACACAUUUAAAAAGAUGGUGGACUUAAGUUAAAAAAAAAGAUUUUUUUAAAGUACUUUGGCAAGUACAGUGGAAGACUAGCAUGUUGCACGAGAGUUGCCUGAGGAGAAGGCGAAUGUUACAUUAACUGUUCCAGUUUUACUAGUGUAAUCAGUGAGGACUUUUGUUAUUGCUUUAGAAAAUUUGAUAUUUAAGUCUGAUUGUUUCAGCUUUUUCAGAGAAAGUCACCAGUUAUAAUUGAUAAUUUCAGUCAAUUGUUUAUUCUUUGUCUUUGGCAAGUAAAAUACUGUACUUGUCUCAUUAGAUUUCCUUGACAAGUUUGACUUAGUCAAAUACAAGCUUGGAUUCUAAAUUUCUUGGGAGUUAUAAACUGAAGUUAAAAAUGUUGGUUAAGUGGAAACUAUCUUUACUAGGAUGUAUCUUGCACAUUCAAUCAUUAUACAUCAAUCAAAGGAGAUUUCUUGUUCCUGGGUGCAUUAAUAUACACCUUAAUUACAAUGCCUGAAAAUCACUUUUGAACAAACUGUAAUAUGGCAUGGAAAAGGUAGCAGAAUUAGAAGUAAUGGUGAAAUUAAAUACAGUUCAGCAAAGUAAGACAUUAAAACAUUUUAUGUAAGGAAUUUUUAGUAAUUUAGAUGUAAAUAUUUAAUGAACAUGCUAUUUGCUAGGAAGUAUAAACUCAGUUGGGUUUUUAAAUUAACAGCCAUAUAUUGCUGAACCUCAGAUUUAAAACCAUGAAUUUGACCAGUUUUAGUUGAGGUAAUUAGAGUUGUGAGAUGGGUCAUAUGCAAAAGAAUCUUGAGAAACACAGAUUUCCUUUCUUGCUUCAAUCAAGAUUGUUUUCUUGGCCUAGUUUAUAGUCAGCAAUUAUUUUUCAAGUAUUAAGGCUAUUGAUCUGGCCUUAAGAGAGAGAUGUGUGUGAUAUUAAGACAACUGUAAGAGAGAAUGAAUAAAUUGUAGAACUGUAUUUACAUUGCAUAUUGGAAAAAAGUCAUCACGCAACAUGUGUGAGGUUUUAUAGGUGAGGAUUUUCACCUUGUUCUUCCACUCAAUACAAAUGCAUAAUUUGUUGUAUCUGAAUGUAGUAAUUCUCUUGUUACCAUUCAGCAAGCACUGACUGGGCAUUGAUCUAAAAAAAAGACUAUUUGAAAGGUUUGUUCUUUCUGUGAAAGUUCAAAUAUUUGUGAAGAGACUUUUUAAGCUCUUUUCUAUUUUAACAAUGCUAUAUGUAGUGCCUGUAUGAAAUAAACUUUUUUUGUUAGUGAGGAAUUGCUUAAUGGAUAGAGUGUUCACUUAUUGAAACACAUUGAGUUGGAAUCAGACCGUAGUGUGGUACAGCAAGCAAAUGCUUACAAUUACAGUUCUGACUGGGGAAACUUUUGUUCCUUGAAAAGUAAUGCAAGCACUUUAUUAGACCAUCAAUAUCUUUUAUUUGUGGUUACACAUUUGGUUAAAAUAGACACAAUCUUAAGUGGUGUGUAUGUUUCGCAUUCAAUUUUCAUAUGUCACCAAAGGAAUUUUCAUGUACCAAGGUGUAUUAAAAUAAGUCUUAAUUAUAAUGCCAGCAAAUCACUCCUGAAUCAAACUAAUAUGGCAUGGAGAAGUAGUAGAAUUUUGAAUAUAUUUGAUUCACUACUUUGAAGUUACUAUAAUUUAUUCACUUGUUAAAGUGAACUUGUUUCAAAGAAUGCGAUUGCUUGUUUCUUAAAAAUUUCUUUAAAAUAACUGGAAUAAUUAAAGAAAAUUGAACAAGUGUACAUGUAUUCCAAUGUCUGUGUUAUUUUUGCACUAAUAUGAUUAUUUCCCCUGAGAAUAUGUUAUUA